UGUAGCAACAAGCGUUUGAAAGAUUUUUGUCUGUUUUAUUUUGGGCGAGCAAAAACAUUCAGCGGGAAAUGCCUCAAAUAAAUUAAUAAACGAAAAUGACAGAAUCAGAAGGAUCGGAAUCCAGGGACAAACCAUUAGACGUACCUGAGGCUCUAUUCAAGGACGUAAAAUACUAUGUCGUUGGCGAUAUUGCAAAAGAGGUAUUGGAACUCCUGAAUGCAGGUGGAGCUAAACAGGACACCUAUCUGAGUGAGAUGGUCAGUCAUGUGAUUUCUGAUGACCCAUCACAAGAUGAAUAUUCAGAAGCCAAGGAAUUAUUUGAUCUGCCUGUUGUCAGGUCCAGCUGGGUUUACCUGUCUAUAAAAUGCAAGAAACAGCUUCCCAUCCCAGUAUUUUCUCCAGCAGACCUUCUAUUCUCGGGAGUUGUUGCUUGUUCAUCUCAGCUUGAUGUAGACGAUAGUUUGCAUAUAUGGGGUAUGAUAACAUACAAUGGAGGGAAAUGCCAGCAGAAGCUGGAUAGUAAAUGUACACAUUUGAUUACUUCAGCUACAGAAGGAGCAAAAUAUGAAGCAGCUUUAAAACAUGCAGAAAAGGUUAACAUAGUUACACCAGACUGGGUAACAGACAGCAUCAAGAAAGAGGCCAAAGUGGAUGAAUCUAUAUAUCAUCCACGACUGAUUGUAUAUCCUGAACCUGAGCCUCCCACACCCCCAACACCGCCUGCUACCCCACCCCAGGAGAAGAUACCUACUCCACCUUUACCACAACCUAUGGAUACAAGUGAACCACAGACAAUGCCAAUUCUAGAUAGAGCAAAUAUGGGUUUACCAAGGCCAAACUUUGCAGACUUUUCGGAGAGAGUACAGAAAGGUCGUGUACGCCCUGACAAAUCUCCAAGACGCUCACCAGGCCACCAGGAUUCUGCAGGACGGAACAUGUCAAAACAGGGUGUCGGUGUUGGUAGUAGGAGUGGUCACAUUCCCGUGCCUAGGAUGCCAUCCAUGCCCCCUUACCCUCUCCCGCCACAGUUACAACAGUUUCAGCAGGGUGGUGCACCACAACAGUUUCAGCAAAGUGGUGCUCCUCACCUAUCUCAUCAGGGUGGUGCUCCACACCUAUCUCAUCAGGGUGGUGCUCCACACCUAUCUCAGCAAGGUGGUGCUCCACACUUAUCUCAACAGGACUUCUUGUCACACAUGAGAACAUUACGUAACAUCACAAACAACGAGAUGAGGCAGGCCAGACCUCCUCCACCUACAAAUAAGGUCAGUCAGAUGUUGGGGUUGAACAUGCAGGUUCCCCAUCGACAGCCACCACCCAGGUACACUCCUCCCUCUCCUCAAAAGAUGGGCACCCAACAGCUACAACAGUCACCUUACUGGGGACAUGAACCUUCUGAUAAUGUUCCAGCAGACAUGUGUCUUCUUGGUUGUGUAUUCUUCAUCACAGAUUAUCAAAAGAUUCUGGGACAGGAACAAAUUGAUAACUGGAAAAAGGUGAUAGAACAACAUGGUGGACAGGUAGACACGUCAUAUUCCAACAGGAUUACACAUAUAUUGGCAGCCAAUCAACAUAGUGAUGUAUUUCAUCUGGCAUUAAGAGAUCAGAGGAGAGUUGUGACUGCUUACUGGUUGAAUGAUGUAUUAGUGAAGAAAAAGAUGAUGCCUCCGUGGCAAGCUUUACAUUUGCCUCUGAUAUAUGGUGAAAAUAAACCUUGUAGUAAUCAGGUUCUGUGUAUGACAAAUUUUGAAGGAGAGGAGAGAAUCAGAAUUAAACAGAUGAUAAAUGCUAUUGGUGCACGAUAUACAGGUCACAUGACCCAUGGAAAUACAGCACUCAUCUGUAGAAAACCAGAGGGAGAGAAGUAUGAAAAGGCAAAGGAAUGGAAGUUAGCAGUAGUGAAUGUCCAUUGGUUGACUGACCUGGUACUGGGUCACCUUGACGCUCUCAAGUUACCAGUUCAACCAAAGUACUUACAGCUCUAUCCUGAUCCCUUCCAGAUGGAUGUGUCAUUAGUCCAUCAUCUAAUGGUUGGAUGGAGAUCACCAUUGAAAAUUCAAAGAGAAACUUGGAAGAAAUUUUUACCACAGCAGAAAUUUCGAUCAGCACCUGCUCCUGGUCAAGACAACAAUGUAGAGAACACAGAACCUCCAGCGAAGAAGAAAAAACAAGAGAAUGAAGAAAUAAGUAUCCAGAUUACAAAUGCUAAUGGUCCCAGAGUUCUGUUUACUGGUUUUAUGAAAGGACUGGCAAAGAAGCUGCAGGCAAAUGUUAUACAGCUUGGUGGCAUGGUAACAGAGAAUCCCAAACAAUGUACACAUGUUGUAGCUCCAGCUAUCUCACGGACAAUGAAAUUUUUUAUAGCUGUCAAUGUCUGUAAAUAUGUAGUCACCAAAGAAUGGUUAGAAGAUAGUAUGGCCAAGAAUAGGUUUGCAGAUCCAAAUAUGUAUGCCCUUAGAGAUAUAAAAGCUGAGUCAGAGAUGCAGUGUAAUUUACAGGAUUCAAUCUCAAGAGCUCAAGCUAAACCAUUGUUUCAGGAUGUGACAAUAUAUGCUACACCAAGUAUAGUACCACCCAUAUCAGAUCUGACCAAAAUUGUCGGAACAGCGGGAGGUACAGUGGUCAAACGGCUGCCGUCCAUACCUUUACUACAGGAGAAAGAUGAUCAGGGAAAUCCAACCCAUAUUAUAGUUACCUGUGAAGAUGAUGUUCCUAUGCUAAGAAAUAUUAUUGCAAAGAAAAUCACAAUCCACAAUGCAGAAUUUGUGCUGACCGGUGUAAUGAGACAAACAUUGGACUUUAAAGCUUUUGUGAUAGAUGUACAUUAAUGUUAUUUACAUGUGUAUCUCCAUAGCAAUCAGACAUUCUAGUCUUCCAAAGCAGCAUGUAUAUAACAUUUUAUAGAGUGUAUCGAUUAUCAGAGUAUCGAUUAUCAGUGUAUCGAUUAUCAGAGUAUCGAUUAUCAGUGUAUCGAUUAUCAGAGUAUCGAUUAUCAGUGUAUCGAUUAUCAGUGUAUCGAUUAUGUAUCGAUUAUCAGUGUAUCGAUUAUCAGAGUAUCGAUUAUCAGUGUAUCGAUUAUCAGUGUAUCGAUUAUCAGAGUAUCGAUUAUCAGUGUAUCGAUUAUCAGUGUAUCGAUUACCAGUGUAUCGAUUAUCAGAGUAUCGAUUAUCAGUGUAUCGAUUAUCAGAGUAUCGAUUAUCAGAGUAUCUAUUAUCAGUGUAUCGAUUAUCAGAGUAUCGAUUAUCAGAGUAUCGAUUAUCAGAAAAAGAAGAAUACUCAUUUUAUAUACAUUUUUUGAUUUUAUGAUAUAGGGUUGUGAGGAUGUUGAUACCAUUCAACAUAGUCAUGACAGAAGGAAGUUGAGGCCUGUUCCAUUGUUUAAUGCAAUGGGGACAUACGAGGAACUGUUUCAGAACCCAAAAAAUCAAUCAUGCAAAACUUUCAUAUUACCUAUGAAUGUUAAAUACAAAAUUAUAAGGAAUAUGCAUCCAAUCACUAAUGAUUUUUUUUUAAGUGCUUCUCAUCUGCAUAAGCCAGUCCUGUAUAUUAACUAAUCCAGGUUCGUUCGCCCUGAUUCCCAUUUGUCCUAGUACUGGUUUGCCCUGAUAACUGUUCGCCAAGGGUCCAUUUGCCUUGAUUUUUCUUCUUUUGCAUAUUGCUGUUUAGUGUUUAUUAUCAGAACAGAAUAAUGUUAAAGUUUGUUGAAAAAUUUGCCGAAUAUUUGUAUUGCCGCAACCAAUUUAUUAAUUUCCCUUUGAUAUGCAGAGUAUAAUAUAUUUUUUUUAAAUUUGUAAACAAAAAAAUUCUAUUCAGUCACUUUAUGCAGUAUAAAUGAGAAUACUCAUAGAAUAAAAAUAGAUGAACUCACUGUCUUGUAAAUCAUUUUCAUAAUUUACAAUUCGUACAUUAUUGUUUUUAUUAGUUUAAAGAUGACUAGUUUUCAAAACAAAAGAUUGUUUGUUUAAUUAUUUAUCAAAGACCAGUAUUACAUCAAUCUGACAGUAAGAAUCUUUAUGUCAUUGAACAAUUAUUGCUCAAAAACUAGCUAUCAACUUUUAAAUAUUCCCAUGUUUUUUCAUAAACUUCUAGAAUAUAUAUAUACCAUAUAAAUAUCUGAACAAAUUUAUUAAACUAAAAUGCCCUGAUAUUUAUAUAUUUUUUCAUAAAACUAGAUCAAAACCAGGGCAAAGGGACUCGGGGAGAACGGACCCAGGGGGACAUUGAAUUAGGGCGAAGGGACCUGAUACAUGUAUUAUCAAUGAUCAUGAAGAGUACAAUGUCCUAGCUUUAGUAAAAAUAAGACCUGCAAUCAACCAAAUAUCAAAAGAUAUAAAUAUAAAUAUAAUGACUUUCUAAUCUUAUCCUCUAAAAUUUUUGUUGGAGAUUUGCAGAGGAUACCAAAUGGAUAUGAAACAUUUUACAAUACAUAGCAAAUAUUAAAUCAUUGACAACAAAGUAGACUUACACUUAAAAUUUAAAUGUCUUCAAUGUUAAUUUACAUUUGUACUUAAUUGCCUUAGAUGUAUGUUUCAUUAUAAUGUGUUAUUCUGAUUGGCUAACUGCACAUCACAUGUUAUUCCUGAAGCAAUUGCAUAACUCGAUAAA